AUGAGUACACAGAGGGGUAACGCGUCUCGUUCGCGAGCCCAAAAACACCAAAACACCACCGCUUACAAAAACGACAAAUUUGGAGCGAGUGUACAAGCAAAGAAGGCAAACUCCAAGAUCCACGAUGGACUCUGUCAACGCUGCAAGGAUGUGCUCGAGUGGAAAGUGAAGUACAACAAAUAUAAAACUCUAACACAGCCCAAGAAAUGCGUCAAGUGUUCUCAGAAGACUGUGAAAGAUGCUUAUCAUGUCAUUUGUAAACCCUGCUCUCUUCAGCUGGAGAUAUGCUGCAAGUGUGGCAAGAAAGAGGACAUUGUCAUCCCAGUUAACUCACAUCUAGAACAAGAAGAAGAGGAGGAUAAAGACGGCAAAAAGAAAGAAAAAAGGUGCAAAAAGAAGGAGCUAGAAGACUUGGAAAGCGAUGAUGACUUUUUUGAUGAAGAAGAACAAGAAGAGUUUAGUGACCUCGAGGACAAAUAUGGAGACAGGAAAUCAGUGCCUUAG